UGUAUGUCCUUAUUAAUAGGUACGUGGUAUGACAUUAUCAGCCUUCGUUUUCCUAAAUAAUGCAGACUAGUACACGAUUUCUGCUUUGACAAAAAACUUACGUGAGAGAAAGCAUGUCAAUAUUUAGAAGCCGAAACUGGAACAAAAUUUUUCGUGAAAGAAAGAACAUUGAUUUUCAAGAUUUACCAGAAAUUGUAGAAAAUAUCAUUUGGCACCUCGAUGGUAGAAGUGUUUUGAGAGCAAAACAGGUAUCUCAUAGUUGGAAAGAAAUAAUUGAACACCUUGAGCAAUAUUAUCAGUUAUGGCGACAUUUAUGUUUACGCGACAUCCACAGGGCCUCUCUGAUAGACAUCAUAGGCUUCAACCCCUUGUCGGAUGAUUAUCAAGAAAAGGAUUAUGUUGAUGAUGAUAGAGGGUUUGAGGAUUUGUGGAAGAAUGUCUACAGGACCUGGAGGACAAGCCAAACCUUAAGUCCUUAUAAACAGAUAUCUUACCAACUUACUGGCGUCGAGUUUCCCAAUUCAGUGAUAUCAGUUGUAAGUUUUGGUGAGUAUAAUUCCAGCCAGUGGCGGCGUCAAACUAGAGGAGCUCAAUUUUCCGUCUGCGCAUGCUUUAUGCACCACUGCUUUUAGUAGGGCCUACCAUUUAACCUCACUUCUAUGGACUACGGAUCAAAUCAUAAAAGUUCUUAUAAAAGGCAAAAACGUA